GUAGUGGAUAGGUGGGCGUCCAUCUUGAAAUUUUACUGGGUUUGAGCCGGUUUAGUUCUAAUAAAAGUGUAUUUUGUAGCUUGCAGUUCAUAUUAAUCUUUAGUUUUCAAGAAGUUUUAUGUAUGCUGAAACUAUUUAUUGUUUAAAAUAGGAUUAACUGCAGUAAUGUUUUAGUAUCGUUACUCAAGACAUACGCGAUUUCCGGAAAGACUAUCGCUAAUAAAAGCUUAAAUUGGCGGAGGCAUAGCACGAUGGCAGUGCCGAGUAGAGCGCGGGUAUAUGCCGAUGUCAACUCACAACGUCCUCGAGAAUACUGGGACUAUGAAAGCUAUGUGGUGGACUGGGGUAACCAGGAAGACUACCAGUUGGUGCGGAAGCUUGGCCGCGGAAAAUACAGUGAAGUAUUUGAGGCAAUAAAUAUCACAAAUAAUGAGAAAUGUGUAGUUAAAAUAUUGAAGCCUGUUAAAAAGAAGAAGAUAAAAAGAGAAAUAAAAAUAUUAGAAAACUUAAAAGGUGGCACAAAUAUAAUAACUUUACAAGCUGUAGUCAAAGAUCCUGUUUCUCGUACUCCAGCACUGAUUUUUGAACAUGUGAACAAUACUGAUUUUAAACAGCUGUAUCAAACCCUGUCAGAUUAUGAUAUAAGAUAUUAUUUGUAUGAACUGCUGAAGGCAUUAGAUUACUGCCACAGUAUGGGCAUCAUGCAUAGAGAUGUGAAGCCUCAUAAUGUUAUGAUUGACCAUGAUCACAGAAAGUUGCGUCUUAUUGACUGGGGGUUAGCUGAGUUCUACCACCCAGGGCAAGACUAUAAUGUUCGUGUUGCUUCUAGAUAUUUUAAGGGUCCAGAGCUCUUGGUGGAUUAUCAAAUGUAUGAUUAUUCUUUGGACAUGUGGUCAUUAGGAUGCAUGUUAGCAUCUAUGAUCUUUCGUAAAGAGCCAUUCUUUCAUGGCCAUGACAAUUAUGAUCAACUUGUGCGAAUUGCUAAAGUGCUGGGCACUGAAGAGCUAUUUGAAUAUUUGGAUAAAUAUCAUAUAGAAUUGGAUCCACGAUUUAAUGAUAUACUUGGAAGGCAUUCUCGUAAACGAUGGGAGCGGUUUGUUCAUUCUGAAAAUCAACAUUUGGUGUCUCCUGAAGCAUUAGAUUUCCUAGAUCGUCUUUUACGUUAUGAUCACUAUGAGAGAUAUACUGCUCGUGAGGCAAUGGAUCACCCUUACUUCUAUCCAAUUGUAAAGGAGCAGGGUCGAAUGGUUUCUUCCAAUUCACCAACUCCCAAUGCAUUGCAAGGACCAAUAAAUGCUGCAGAGUAAAUUUUGCAAAGAGAUGAUCUUUGCUCUUUAUAAUGUAUUGAUAUGAUAUACCUGUACAAGAUUCCGGAAGAGAAACACUGUAAAAAUAACACCAAAAAGACCACUGAUGGUGUAAAUAUAUACACAGGGACAGUGAUGGACACCAAUUCUGUUUAACAAACACUGAAGUAAUUCCAAUGCUUGGUAAAUAGAAUAAUUUGGAAAGACAAUAUAAUUUAGUGUUUAAUAUUAGUAAAUCUGGUUUAUUCAUUGUUUUAAAGUGUUUUAUCUCUGGUAUAAACUGCUGACAUAUGUUUGUGAAAGUGCUCGUGUACUCCAGCUGAGUAGGUAUCUUGUGGUGGGAGGGGUUCAAAUUGUCAAAGUAAAUUCUGAAACAUCCAAUUUUUAUAUGAAAUUCGAUAAUAAUUAAUUAUUGAGAUAAAGAAAAAUGCAUCGAGUUUCAUUGCACUUGAUCUUUUGCAUUUAUUAACCUAUGGUAUUGAUAUUGUAAUUACUUGUAUAAUAUAUUGGUAACACCUGCAUACCAUUUGCAAAUACUGGUUAGCAGCUUUUCGUUGGUACUCUACUUAUUAAAAUUUUGUAUUUAUGUAAUAGAAGUAAAAUGUAGAUAUGUGUGAUAUAAAUACAAAAUUUUAAGAUGAUUAAUUAAUCGUUUUCUUUUAUUACGUAUUUUAUAAAAGAAACCAGCUAAUUCUAACAUUAGUAGAUAUUGUCGGAUUUAAACAUUGUUUUCUAUAGUAUAUUUUUAAUAAGUUACGUUAGCUGUCCUCAUAUUAUACAUAGUUAAAAUCAAAUCGUAUCUUCAAUUGGAAGGUGAGCCUCGUGGAGUAUAAUUUAUUUUUAGUGUGAUAACUUCAAGUUGUUGCAACUUUUCUGAAUAAACAAUACUAACUUUGCCUGGAAAUGUUUUGGAUUAUUUAUGAUUAAAAAAAAAUCAAUAUCUGCACACCUUGUUUCGUUAAUUUAUUGUUAUAGUUUUUGUAAAGUAUUUCUUAGCAAGAUAUAAGUUUGUCACAACAGUCAUUUUAUUAAGAACAUUCCUGCGGAAACUUACGUCGUUAUUUAUAACAUGGCUAGUUGACUGAUUACUUUUUUGUCUUUAAUAGUUGGAAUCUAAAGCUACCAGACAUAUUUUGUAUCCAAAAAAGCAGCAAACUUAUGGCUACUAAAUAUGUGUUUUAAAAUUAACUUGUUAUCUUUGUACCAAGUUUUAAAUCAUACAGUACUACCUAAAUUUUGUUUGGCUGCUUAAAUUAUAUUUUCAAUUUAACCAGUUCACAAGUGAUAAAAAUAAGCCAUUUGUUGGUAUUUAAUACAGCUUUGUUUGAAAGACAUCAUCUUCAAUAAAUAAUGGCGUAUAUGAAUUUCAGACCCAGUAUGUAUAUUUAGUUCAUUUAUGCAAUUGAUAAGUGUAAUGAGAGCAGUUUUGAAAACAUGUAUUAUAGGAAUUAGCAUUAAUAUUAAAAUGUGUUAAAAAAUAA